AUGGGCAGGUACUUGGCUCGAGCUCUCAAGAUUCAGCGAUUGGUCAGGGUCCAGGCGGGGCGGCGCGCCCUGGCGGCGGUGAAUCAUGGCGCUGGCGGGCAGCCCGCCGCCUGCUACUACUGGCAGGACGGCAAGCGGCGCUGGGAGUGGGGUGGGUGGCUGUGGAUCUGGGCGUCGGUGCGAUGCCAGUGCUACGGCCUCAAGGUCGAGGAAGGCUGGUGGCUCACGCGCCUCGACGGCAGCCUGGCCGAGGGAGCGGCCCGACGCCGCCUUCCUGGGCAGAGUGGGAGGAGGAGGAGCGAAGGGCCUGCGCUGAUCGGCGCGAUUGGCACUGGCAGCAAAUCGCUGCCGUGCAUACCAAAGCCGCCGGAGGCGCGGCCGGAGGCGCCGGAGGCGCGGCCGGAGGCGCCAGAGGUGCGGCCGGAGGCGCCAGAGGUGCGGCCGGAGGUGCCGCCCAUUGCGCUGCCGAAGCCACAGCAUGCGCGACCGGUGCCGCAGCUCCCGACUCCCGCAGAGCAGUGGCGCGCCCCGGAGCUCGAGCUGGAGAAGCGGUGCGCACCACCAGCGCCGCCAAUGCCGCCCACGCCCACGCCGCCCUCUUCAUCACAGCGGUCGCAUGACGCGCUGCCGCGGCGGCUGAAGCCCCACACCUGGGAUAUCGCAGCACUGGGCGGCGAUGAACCCAAAAGCCCGCAGGAGCGAUCAGAUCGCCCAAAGACACAGCAGCCUAUAGGCAUGCACAAGCCUCCUAUGGCGCUGGCAGUGGAGGCGGAGGUCGUGGAUCACUUGCUGAGCCGCUUUGUCCUGGAGCGGAAGGCGGCUGCAGAGACGCGAGCGCAAAGCUUACAAGGAGAUGCUGGAGCAGGUGGCCUGGACGGCGCUGGAGCCCAAAGCGGCUCAGGAAGCUGCGGUGCUGCUCAGCAAACACUGGCUGGCGCCGGUCACUGCCAACGAGGCUUUGCGCGCCUUUCGCCGUUGCCUGCACCGAAUUCUGUGUGA